CUGCACCUGAGAAGCGAGCCCUGCCGAGGGCAGGUGUGACCGCAGGGCUCUUCCCAACAGCUGUUCCCCGAAGUGCUGGACGCCCUGGGCAGCGCACAGCCGGCCGCCGUGGCCCUGGGCCUCAUGAAGCUGACGGCGCUGCUGGAGCGGGCGCUGGGUGACGUCUUCCUGCUGGUCGGGAAGGAGUGCCCCUUCCUUCUCCGGGACCUGCUGGCGUCGGGGGAGCUCGCGCAAGUCUUCGGGCAGCCUGUGAUGAACGUGCUGCGCGUCCUCCUGGGCUCGCCCCGCGGCCUCAACCUCCGCAACGUCCUGUGGCACGGCUUCGCUGCCCCGGGGGAGGUCCCCGCCAAGUACUGCUCCACGGUGCUGCUGCUGACGGCGGGGCUGGGCCAGCUGCUGCAGCGCUUCCUCCGGCAGAACCCGCGGCCGCUGGCGCCCCGGCCCCCCAGGACUCUGGCCCUCGGCGAGGACCUGAGCGCCUGCCCCGGCAAACCUGGCCUCUUCCCCGCCGCGGGGGGAAAUGUGCUCCGCUCCUCGGCGGCACGGGCCUGCAGCCGCGGGCGGGCGCUCGGCGACCGAGGAGGCCGGGCAGCUGACCACUCUCCCGCACAGUCACCGCGGGGUUCACGGGAUUCCCGAGCACAACCCAGCCGGCCGGGUCGACACCCCCAGGGGACGGUGCUGGACGGCUGUCAGCUGCUUCAGGCCUGGGCGCUGGGCCUCACUGCCCAGGUCGCGCCCCAGGAGUGGCUGGGCACCGCCCGCCCAGCCCCCCAGGUGCCCGUGUCACCCGCCCGCACAGCAGGCCCAAGUGCAGGGGCUGCCCAUGCCAACGCCCCGACGCCCACCGAGCCCCGCCUCACGGCCCGAAUGCGCCCAACUCCCGGCACCCAGGCUGCCAGGCCAGGCCGGCAGCUCUGCUGCAGGCACAUGGGGCCUGAGGGCCGCAGGGACGGCAGCGAGAGUCCGAGCCCCCUCCCGCCCCCCGCGGCCCAGGCCCGCUGCGUGAGUCGCGCACAGCCGGUCUCGCAGCUGCAGUCUGGCCUCCAGCCGCCCCCCAACUCACACAACGCCCGGAGUCCCCCGUAG